CUUUAUUCUGACCGGCGUGAAUAUGAUUUGGCUCAGCCUCACAUUGUUGCUGUCAAUUACUCAAGUCAUCUCUGGUAGAAAGAUUGACAAAGGCCACAUCAGAGGUAGGAGAUUCCAGCUGUUUUGUACCUGUUUUCUUUAAUUAUCAUUACAUGGGGGGAUCUACAUUUAAAACUGUUGUAUAUGCUGUUUCCAGCUUUCCCAGGAGCAAACCAAAGUAUUGCAGGAGUAUUUCAGGUCACUUACUACAACCAUAAAAACCAUGCUGAGUAUGCCUAUAACGCCUCUGAUGCUCGACAACUUUGCUUGUCUCUUGGUGUGAACAUCGCCUCAAAAACAGACGUGCAGACAGCUCUCUCCAGAGGUUUGGAAACAUGCAGGUGACCUGAGAAGGACUGCACAUUCAAGACACUCAUCCUGGGACAGUUUGAUGGACAGGGCCUGAUUUUGUGUCUUUCUUUGUUCUUGUUUUUAGGUAUGGAUGGAUUGAUGAGCAUUUUGCAGUCAUUCCUCGCAGCAAAGCUCUUGCUAUCUGUGGAAAAAACCAGACAGGCUUAGUGGCAUGGAGGGCCUCUGUCACAAAAAAGUUUGAUGUGUUUUGUUUCAAUGAAACAGGUAGGAGGAUUUCCAGAUGGUAUUAUCUUGUACUUUUCUACAUACAUGACAAAGCAUGCAUCCUUUUACAAAUCUGAAGUCUUGGUUUGUUUUGAAAUUAUUGGUCAUAACUCAAUGUUUAUACGCUAUGAGAGCUGCUACUACCAGUGCAGAACUAGUGGCAAAUAUUUCACAAUCUUUAAAACAAUUAUUUUGUUCUCACUUCUCAUCUUAUCUGUUGUUUCCUUUAUGUACAUGUACAGAUGCAGCUAUACAACUGAAGGAUAUAACAACUCCUAGCCCUCAGUCGACUUCCAAGACAGUAAGCUCCACGAAUACCCCUCAGUCUACUUCCUCCGUCUUUCCUUCCUUGACUCCUGAAACUUUAGGAAAUGAGGUUGAACCGGUCCGGUAUGUUGGCAAGAAACAGAGCUCAUCAGGAGGUAUGAGAUUCUUUCAAAGAGCAUAAAAAUUAGAGCUAGAAAUACUCGUCAGGUCUUUCAUCAGAAGUUUUUAGAUGUGAGUUUUGUUUCUAACAUUUUUUUCCCUUUUCAUCUUUUAUUUUUCCAGGAAAGGCAAUUCUCAUCACCACAACUUGUGCCCUCCUCCUUCUUGCAGUGAUCCUCUUUGCAUACUUUACAAGGUAAGUCGAUUUCCACAGUUGAAUACAAGGGCUUUUAAUGUUUAUGGGACAUUAGAUAACAAAUAUGUGAAGAAAGAUGUGAAGUGCUGCACAUGUAGGCUGUUUUAAUUCAAAGAUUAGAGGAUCUCAUUUCACUAAAUACUCUUGCGUCAUCAUCAUAUAACACUUUCAGCAAACUUAAUCGUGGUUCUUAUGUCCUCAUACUGACUUACUGGUGCUGUGAUUUGUUUCUUUUUCUCUAUUCUGGGGCGAAGUAAUCAUGCUGACAUAAAGCAGAAGCAGCAGGAGGAGUACAUUGAGACAGAAGAGUGGACGUGUGUGAAGGUUGUACAGGAACCACAGGCUGCUUCUGAGGAAGAGGAGAGUAUAGAAGAAAGUGACGAUUCAAGCUAAAAACUCUUUUUUAAGUAGAUUUUUCAUCCAUGGAUGGACAGUGUGUUUUAUAUUCAUUUUGAGAAUGAAGAUGUUUUGGUUGUUUUUUGUAGUUUUGUAGGUUUUUUUGUGAAGAAAUGUAACAAGAUGAUUGUACAGUACAUUUGUUUUUGUUUGCAAAAUGUGUCUGUGAGUAUUUUCAUUCACGUUUUUAAUAGGUGCAGUUUGGCCACUAG